AUGCUGAACGCUCCAUCGAAACCUCCGAACUCCAUCCAACGGGGCGACUCCACGCCUCCGCACGACCUCGCGGGCGUGAAUCCUACACCCCUUCCCCAUCGGCCGGACAAAAAUCCGUCAAAGAUCGUUCCUUUUCGACGCCUUCCUGCUGGAAAGUCGAUCGUCGUGUCGUUCGUUUUGGGAACUCAGCGGAGCGUUGCACGACUCUCCCGCACGCGCGCGCACGCGCACGCUAUUGAGUACUGUUCAGGGAAGCACAGAGAGGGAGAGGGAGAGCGCAUAGGAGUUUGCUCAGACUUGGGUUGGCAUAAUCGCCCCUUAUUUAUUUAAGGCUUUUUAGCGUUUCUUCGGACCCUCCAAUGAUUUCAGCUAUAAGACCCGAUCGCUGUCUCCCCUUCGCUUCCCCACCCAUCUUCGAUCUUUCUCUGUAAUGGGUUGUUCGAGCAUGCCCGUUCUCUCGCGAUAGAGCUCGAGAAGGAAGAGAAAAAUCCGAGCUUUGUCUUGGUGGCUGUGCAUUAGAGACAUUGCAGACAUUGUAUUUGUUCGUUGUUGUUCGAGAGAGUGAGAGAGAGGGAGGGAGGGAGGCUCCAAGUGAUUUUAAAAUGGCUAAUGCGUCUGGGCUGUUCUCUCCUUCCAUGCCCACCCUGAGAAGAAUCAAGAUUCAGCCUUCGGUGGGAGUUUCUCGAUCUGGGUCGUCUGGCUCGAACAAGGUCGUGCUCGGGCGGAUACUGUGCGGCGGCACCAGCGAGAAGCAUGCUUCGGGCGCCGUGUCUUCUGAAUCUCGGGUGCCUAAGGUCAUUGGUAAAGGCUGCAAGUUAAUUGGAUGCGGCUCAGCCAUUCCAACUCUUCAGGUUUCAAAUGAUGAUCUUGCAAAAAUUGUCGACACCAAUGAUGAAUGGAUAUCAGUUCGCACUGGGAUCCGCAAUCGACAUGUUCUUUCAGGCAAAGAUAGCUUGACAGGUUUGGCUGUGGAGGCAGCGAGGAAAGCUCUAGAGAUGGCACAGGUUGAUCCUGAGGAUCUGGACCUAGUCUUACUGUGCACGUCUACACCAGAGGAUCUUUUUGGCAGCGCUCCUCAGAUUCAAAAAGCACUCGGUUGCAAGAAUAAUCCUUUGGCUUACGACAUAACAGCUGCAUGCAGUGGGUUUGUGCUAGGUCUGGUUUCAGCUGCUUGUCACAUCAGGGGAGGUGGGUUUAACAAUGUCCUAAUUGUUGGUGCGGAUUCUCUUUCACGAUAUGUUGAUUGGACUGAUCGAGGGACCUGCAUUUUAUUUGGCGACGCCGCGGGUGCUGUAGUGAUGCAGGCCUGUGGAGCUGAAGAUGAUGGUUUAUUCGCUUUUGACUUACAUAGCGAUGGAGAUGGUCAAAGGCAUCUAAAUGCUUCUGUCAAUGAAAACGAGACCAAUCAUGCCUUGGGUACUAACGGUUCAGUUAGAGAUUUCCCUCCGAAACAAUCCUCUUAUUCCUGCAUCCAAAUGAAUGGCAAAGAGGUUUUCCGUUUUGCCGUGCGCUGUGUGCCACAGUCAAUCGAAUCUUCCCUUGAGAAGGCCGGCCUUACUGGAUCUAGCAUCGACUGGCUGUUGCUUCACCAGGCAAACCAGAGGAUCAUUGAUGCUGUAGCAACACGUUUGGAAAUCCCUCGGGAGCGUGUCUUAUCGAAUCUGGCAAACUACGGUAACACAAGUGCUGCAUCGAUCCCCUUGGCCUUGGAUGAAGCUGUUCGUAGUGGAAAGGUGAAGCCGGGCCACAUGAUUGCGACUGCAGGUUUCGGAGCUGGCCUAACUUGGGGGUCUGCCAUUAUUAGAUGGGGAUAAAGCUUUACAACUUCCAGUGAUCUAUCAAUGACUGAGCCUGAGAGUCCAGAUACUGCACAAGGCAAUCGCCAUAUUCUUGCUUUCAAAUUUCACAGAUUCUCUUAGGGAGGUAGCAAUUUUGUUCCUUUGAACUCCAACGAUUCAAAUAAAUUUUUAUUUUUGUCCUUCAACUCUUGUGCAACUCUUGUACGCAUUUGCCGUUGUUGGUCUUCCAACACGGCAAAGCUAGUGACAAUCUAAAUUAUGCAGGUAAAGAAAAGCUCUUUCGUUUUGCGA